GCCAUUCUAACCGACAAACGUUUACACAAGUGGCGGAGUAUGACGACAUUAUUUUCUCUGUAAGGUCGCAUGCAGACGGUUCACGCGUCCGAAUUUACAAUCGAUUUUUUUGUUAUCUUUCAAUUUCGCAGAGAUCUCCUCAAACGGAGAAAAUAACGGCAAAACGUAUUUUACGCAUUGCAAUAAACGUAAAAACAAACGAAAAAUACGCUCGUUCCGCCGUUCGCCACGACUAGUAUUAUACGAUUAAAACAAAUAUGCGUAUAUUUCGCUGUUAACGACAAUAAUAAUCAUACUAUUAUCAUCACACGUCCUCUAUAUAAGCUAGCUGUUUACACCGCGUCGCGAACGGUCGUCGUGGCCACUAUAACUACAGUGAAUUCUUUUUUAAUCUAUAGUCCGCAGCGCUCGUUUCCACGCACACUAUCAUCGUACGCAGAGAGUGUGUGUAUAUACAAUAUUAUAAGUCAGUUUUUUUACUUACUACUCAUUUUUUUUCUACGCCUAGUGUGAACAUUUCAGUCUAUUUUUUUCUUUGUCGGAUAUCCUAUAGCAUUCAACCAUUAUGAGUCUCUCGGAAUCGGGAUGGAAUACGUAUGAUGCUCCAGGAUUGAACCGAUGGCAAAAUAAUGCCAAUGGUUCAACUGUAGCUAAAAUGCAACACAAGUAUUGGGUAACUAAGCAGCAAGUAUGUAAAAAAUUAGGGAAAAAAGAUGAUGAAUUCAUAGUAGCUUCGGACGCUGAACUUGACGCUAAACUAGAGCUAUUUAAAUCUAUUCGGGGCAGUUGUCAACAUUUGCAAAGAAUUGUCAAUAAGUACGAUGAAAAAAUUUAUAAUUUAGCAUAUGAAGAAAAUCAAAUGGGAUUGUUUUUAAAAAGAUCUGGUAAUAAAGAUCAAACUAAAGCUGGCGAAAUGAUGCAAAUUUUGGGAAGUUGUAUGGCACAGUCGGGACAAGAGAGAAUUGGUUUACGUACACCAUUAGCCAGAUUACACCAGGAAAUAGAAACAUUUUGUUUAAGAGCUGUAGAAGAUACACAGGGCGAUGUGAAGCGUAUGGAAAAUGCACGUACAGAUUACAGGGCUGCGCUGAAUUGGAUGAAAGACGUUUCUCAAGAACUGGAUCCGGACACAAAUUCACAGUUAGACAAAUUUAAAAACGUGCAGACCAAAGUAAAAAAGUCUAAACAGCAAUUCGAUCACCAAAAAUUGAUUUGCUUACAAAAAGUUGACCUGCUCGCCGCUGCCCGUUGUAAUAUGUUUUCACACGUUCUUAUUUUCUAUCAACAAAGUUUACAGCGAUUUGCUGAAUCCGUUGCAGCAUCGUUUGAAAACGCAACUAAAGAUUUUAGACAGUAUCAACAUUACGAUUUCAAAAUGAUUAAAGAGUUGCGAACGGAAUCUGUAAAACCUACUUCCAAGACAGACGAUAAUACCAAUGAUUCAAGUUCAUAUACGGAAUUGGGCAUUGAAGCAACUUGCGACCCAAUCGAAGAAAAAAACGAAUCUCCUUUGCUUUCGUUGUUCGACGGAAGCGACAAUUUUGGAAAUUUCUUAUCAAAUCCUUACGAAAGUAAUCAAGAAGAAAAGGAUUCAGAACUUAAAUCAUACGGAACAGGAGAUGAAUUUUUACCGUCCCAAUUAUUGUCAGACUUGUUAUCCGGGUCAAAUUCUGCAACCGUUAACACUACUACUACUGCUACUACCACUACUACUACUAAAAAAUCGACCAGUUCAUCAAAUUGGGCAGAUAUAUUUGCUGAUCUUGAUCCACUGAAUGAUCCCAGAUUGUCUUCAAAACUCGAUCCAUUAGAUCUACUUUGAAAUAUUUUAAUUUUUAAAAUUAUUAUUGUUUUUCUAUUUAUAUAUUCUAUAUUAAAAAUAAAAAGUAAAAACAAAAAAUGUGAUGUAUAUUAUAUAAUACAUAAUAUCUAUAUAUAUAUGAGUUAAUCAAUAAUGUGAAUGCUUAAAAGUUUGUAUGAGACAAAUUUUUAUACUAGCUUCAAUAUAAAUUAUGUUUAAAAAAUAUACUUUUAUUGUAAAAAUUAUAUUAGUAAAAACAUAUAUUUUAUUACUUAUAAAUUUAUGAAUACUCAUCAAAGUUAUGUAACAGAAACUUUGAUUUUUUAUAAAAACUUCAUAUUAAUUAUACUGUAACCAUAAUAUUAUAAUAAUGUAAAGGUAUUUUUUAUUUACUGACGAUGUGCGCGGUGAUUUAAGUAUUUCAUGUCUGAUAAAGCUAUUAUUGAAAUAUACCGCGAUCCAGAUAUUA